AUGCCCGCCGCAGUUUCCGCACAUCUGGAUUCACUGGAAUCUUGGGCCUUCCAUGCGCUUCUGGUGCUGCCCUAUAUGUUUUACGUGGGCUUGUUCUUUGUCAAUGUGCUGAUUCUCUACUAUGCCUUCCUGAUGGAGUAUAUCGUCCUCAAUGUAGGGAUCGUGUUCCUGCCUGAAGACAUGGACCAGGCUCUGGUGGAUUUGGGGGUGCUGUCAGACCCUGGCUCGGUGCUCUAUGACACGGACAGCGAGCUCGAUGUGUUUGAUGGGUAUUUGGAAUAA